AUGUCUGAUAGAGAAGCUUUGAAGAUAUUUUCAAGACAACCAGUCAAUUUGGAUAUGAUUAAUUUCCUUGUGUCGACAACUAACUCGAUAAUACAAGUCAAACCUCAACAACCACAACAGUUACCAUCACCAGCUUCGUAUUCAUCACUGCUGCUGCUGAUGAGUUCCACUUCAGAAAUCAUAUCCAUCAACCCACCAAUCACUUUGACUCAAUUUAUCAAGAAUUUGAUCAAAUAUUCCAAUGUUCAAACUCCCACACUAAUGGCUACAUUGGUCUAUUUAAACAAAUUACGCAAUUAUCUACCAGCAAAUGCCGUGGGUAUGGAAACUACAAGACAUCGUAUCUUUUUAUCUGCGUUAAUUGUUGCUGCCAAAUCAUUAAACGAUAGUUCACCAUUAAAUAAACAUUGGACAAAAUAUACUGACGGUUUAUUGACUUUACAAGAAAUUAAUUUAGCUGAACGUGAACUAAUUUCAAUCUUGAAUUGGAAUAUUAAUAUAACACAGGAAGAAUUGAUUUAUACUUUACAACCAUUUUUGAUUGGUAUUAAAUCAUAUUUGUUACAACAACAAGAAGUUGAAUCAAUGCAAAGAAUUAAAUAUUAUAGAUUGACGCAAAAGAGGUCAAACAAUUCAUUAAUGUCAUCAUUGGGUUCUUCAUCCAGGUCAUCAUCAACAAGUUCAACCCCAGUGUCUUCAACUUCACUUUCAUCUUCAUUAUCAUCGACAUCAUCAAAUUAUUCACUACAUUCCCAUGGUGGUGGUGUAUCUACAUCAUCUUCAAUUGCAUCAAAUUUGUCGCAAUAUGAAGCAAAUGUCUCACCACUUCAUUAUAACUACUCAAACAAACCUAAUAGCAAAUUACCGUUAUCUUCAACUUCGGAAAAUAGUCUAAACUCACUUCGACCAUCAACUCAAAUACAAAAUCAACAACAACAACAACAAUACCCACAUCCACAAAUUCCAAUUUCUAAAUCGGCAAAGUUUGGUCAAAAGGAUAAAAACCAAUAUUUGGCUCCAAUCAUUAAAAAGAAAAGAUCAAUGAUGAGUUUAUUAACUUCAUCUGGUAAAGUUGUUGCUUAA